GUCCCCGGGCUCCCGAGGGCAUUGUUCAGACACCAGCCUCCGGUACCCCAAGUGCAGCGGUUGCCGCGUCUCCGUCCCUGAAGCCCCGGGAAACAUCCGCCCUCCGGGAGACGAUGCUUACGGUACAAGGAAAACCAUUUACUGGAACAUCUAAGUUGUAAUUCAGCCUUGAGUUACCGACCACAGUCAAAGGGCAAACAUGCUUCAUGCCACAAGUGAACUAGAGUUUUCGAACGAAAAAAAUAGGGAGGAUACCUCCCAACUUGCUUCCCUGGCGCCAUCAGGUGACGCAUCACCCAGCGAAAAAAAUUCACCUGGUUUACCCGCAAAAACGGGCUAUCCGGACUCCGUUUACGUUAUGGCCGCAAACAUUUUUCAGGGCAUUCGAUUCGAAAAGUCACCAGAGCAAGUCUUAAUAAAGUAUGGGAAUGAACCCUUGCGGUCCUUGCCCGAAUCUGAGGAUGAAGCCCUUCAGCGGUCGUCGUAUGAGCUGGCUUUCAAUGCCCUGAAGUUUCAAGAUAUUUUGGAAACUAUGUUAAUAGACAGCUAUAUCCUCCCAAGUACCACAAUACCAGAUCAUUUGAGCAGUCUUAUUAUUGUGAUGCUGUAUGAUUUCCAAGAGAGAAAAUUUCAAGCUCGUCUCUUUUCUGAUAAUGAAGAGCCCAUAGCAGAAGUUCAAGAAGUAGAGAAUCUUCUUAACAGUUUUAAGACAAAAUUGGCUGCAGCAUUGGCAAGAUGUCGAAUCAAACAUGAUGCCCUUUCAAUUUACCACAUUCUUCCAGAAACAGUUAGGAACCAGGAACUAAGGGCCUCCACUUUGCCACUUUAUGCUUGGAUAAAUACUUGUAAAAUCAGCCCUGAAGAAGUUUAUUAUAGUUUGAAGAAAAAAGGCUAUAAUAAAGUCACAUCUGUAUUGCAUAUUGAUGAUAAAGUCUAUGCUGUGGACCAACAUUGCUAUGAUGUUUUAAUUUUUCCAUCUCAUCUCAAAAAUGAUCUUCUAAAUAUAGAUCUUUUCAAAGAAUAUAAACUUAUAUUUCAGGACAAAUCUCGAAGUCUCGCUGUCCAUUCUGUAAGGGCUUUAUUAAAUAUGGAUGAUGAUAUCUUAAUGGUCAAUACAGGUUCAUGGUACACAGUUGCCCAUAUGUCAGUCUUAACAAAUAAUAAUACCUCAAAAAUAUUUGUGUGUGGAGUAAAAUCACAAGCUAAGGAUCCUGAUCUGAAGAACCUUUUUACAAAAAUGGGAUGUAAAAAUAUUCAAAUACUUCAUGAGACAUUUCUUAACAUUGAACCAAAGGAUCAUAGAUUACAUAAAGUUAAAGUGAUUCUGCUGCUACCUCGCUGUUCAGGACUGGGUGUUAGUAAUCCAGUAGAAUUUAUACUAAAUGAGCAUGAAGAUACAGGUUUACUUAAAGAUUUCUCUCAAGGAGGCACAUCAGAAGAUAAACUUCACAUUCUUGCUCAACAGCAAUAUGAACAGCUAACACAUGCAAUGAAAUUUACCAAAGCUCAAGCAGUCGUUUAUUGCACAUGCUCAGUUUAUCCAGAAGAAAACGAAGCUGUUGUUAAGAAAGCACUGGAAUUUCAAGACCUUGAGAUUAAAGUACAGCCUUACAGGCUUAGUCCUCCUGUCCUUCCACUGUGCUCCUUAAAGGAAAUACAUCUGUCUACUGAUAAAUUUUUCAGAAUGGAACCAUCUGGAAUUACCAAUGGUUGUUUUCUUUCUGUUCUAACAAGGGAGCGGGACCCAUCUGAGACAGUGUCUGUGAGAGACGUUCUGGCCCGUGCUGCCGCUAAGGGUCUACUGGAUGGAAUUGAGUUGGGUAAACCUUCAAAGCGGGAGAAGAAGAAGAAAAAAUCAAAGAUAUCAUUGCUGAAAGCUCCCACUAGUGACAAUAAUGGCAUCCAAACGAAAAUCGCUGAGUUCCUGAAUCGAGAAACGAAUGCAAAUGCUAAUUGGUCAGAGACAUUGACAACAAAAACAUCUCUGCCACAGAAAAAAGCCACUUCAGCAGCUUCUUCCUCGCAGGUCAGAAAACCCGGCAAGCCCGCCGCCAAUCCCUUAGUGCCUACAUUUAUGAAGAACACAGCUCACCCCAGACUGUAUGAACGGCAGACAAACUUCAUAAGACCUCGCCCAGAAGACAGAGUGAUCGCACUGAAACCCAUAGAGAUUGUUUUGCCUCCAGUGAUGUUGCCAUCUUCAAGUCCCCACGGGAUCAAAUCUCAGAUACCAACUCAACAUUUUUACUAUCAUUGGGUUGGACCCAAGACCGGUUACUUUCCCUCACCAUCAAUAAUCAGAAGAGGGGAAAAGCCUAAAGAGAACUUACCUUCCUUCCCAUUCAGACGUCCUCGACCAUGGCUUUGACUGUGUUGUGGUUUUUUACAGACGUCGGGGGCAGUUGACUUU